UUUACCUGAAAUCGAUGGCCUAAGCAAGGAGACGGUUCUUACUUCGUGGAUGGCCAAAUUCGACAUUAUACUUAAAGGCACUGGUGAAGAAGAUUCCAAACGACCUUCCAGAAUGCAGCAAUCACUCAACAGUGAAUUGAUUUUGUCUAAGGAACAGUUGUACGACAUGUUUCAACAGAUUUUGAGUGUUAAGAAAUUUGAACACCAAAUUCUAUUCAACGCGUUAAUGCUGGAUUCAGCCGAUGAGCAAGCAGCUGCAAUCCGUCGUGAGCUAGACGGUCGAAUGCAACGAGUUAGUGAAAUGGAAAAGAACCGAAAACUAAUGCCAAAGUUUGUUCUAAAAGAGAUGGAGUCUCUUUAUAUUGAGGAGUUAAAAUCAUCAAUAAACCUGCUAAUGGCGAAUUUGGAGUCCUUACCAGUAUCUAAGGGAAAUAUGGAUAGCAAAUAUGGAUUACAAAAACUCAAACGAUACAAUCAUAGGUACAUAUUUCUCACUCCAUCCUUUCUUAGGAAGAUGAUACUGCGAUCACAUGGCUCACUUUCAAAAUUGGAAGGUGAUGUAGAUGAGGGCAUAACGCAACUAACGAAAUUGGAUGUUGUACUUACAUUUCAAUUGGAAGUUAUUGUCAUGGAAGUUAAGGGUCUAAAAUCUUUGGCGCCCAAUCGAAUUGUGUAUUGCACCAUGGAGGUAGAAAAUGGUGAAAAACUACAAACCGAUCAAGCGGAGGCUUCAAAACCAAUGUGGGAUACCCAAGGUGACUUCACAACAACACACCCCUUGCCAAUAGUUAAAGUAAAGCUAUAUACAGAAAACCCUGGGAUGUUGGCAUUAGAAGACAAGGAACUGGGCAAGGUUACAAUAAAACCAACACCACUUUCAUCGAAGUCCCCCGAAUGGCAUCGACUGGUGGUGACCAAAAAUCUUCCAGAUCAAGACCUCCGAAUUAAGAUUGCUUGUCGGUUGGACAAACCUUUAAAUAUGAAGCACUGUGGGUACCUUCAUGCAAUUGGUAAAUCAGUUUGGAAGAAGUGGAAGAAACGGUAUUUCGUGUUAGUUCAGGUGUCCCAGUAUACAUUCGCAAUGUGUAGCUACAAAGAGAAGAAGUCUGAACCAUCGGAAAUGAUGCAAUUGGAUGGAUAUACAGUUGAUUACAUAGAAGCGGCGAGCGCCAAUUUAAUGUUUGGCAUAGACUUAAAUGGAGGCCGUUAUUUUUUCAAUGCAGUUCGAGAAGGUGAUAGUAUUGUUUUUGCAUGCGAUGAUGAAAAUGAAUGUAGUCUCUGGGUCAUGGCUAUGUAUAGGGCUACGGGACAAUCGCACAAGCCCACGCCUCCAGUAACCCAGGAUAAAAACUCGGCGAUAUCAAAAAUACAAGGCGAUGCCGACAAAGCUCGAAAGCAUGGAAUGGAAGAUUAUAUAAGUGCAGAUCCUUGCUCAUUCGACCACGCUGCUCUUUUCAAAGUACUACAAAAUCUCACGCUCGAGUAUCGUCUUAACGAUCCCUAUGCGUCAUUGGGUUGGUUCAGUCCUGGCCAGGUCUUUGUGCUCGAUGAAUAUUGUGCGCGAUAUGGAGUGCGUGGUUGUUACAGACAUCUGUGUUAUUUAUCAGAUUUGUUAGAUCGGGCAGAAAAACAGUAUAUGAUCGACCCCACGUUAAUACAUUACUCAUUUGCGUUUUGUGCUAGCCAUGUGCAUGGAAAUAGACCCGAUGGCGUUGGCAGCAUAACGCACGAGGAAAAGGAAAAGUUCGCUGAAAUUAAAGAGCGACUUCGGAUAUUACUUGAAUAUCAAAUAACGAAUUUUCGCUUUUGUUUUCCAUUUGGUCGUCCGGAAGGUGCUUUAAAAGCUACUCUGUCUCUCUUAGAGCGUGUACUCAUGAAAGACAUUGUUACACCCGUACCACCAGAAGAAGUACGUAUGAUGAUUAAGAAGAGUUUAGAAACAGCAGCCCUAGUUAAUUAUACACGACUUUCUUCUGAAGCGAGAAUUGAAGAGGAUCUCCGUGGCGAAAUCAUGGUACCGGCAGCUAAGAAACUCGAAGACCUCAUACAUCUGGCUGAACUUUGUGUUGAUCUGUUGCAACAAAAUGAAGAACACUAUGCAGAGCUUCGAAAGCAUGAGAAAAAGAAUAAGGAAAAAAAGGAAGGUCAAGCCACAAAAGAGGAAACAACCGAAGCAGCUACAUUGGGCGGUGCGGGGCAAGGUACAAACGGACCCGGAGCAUCAGCCGCCGCCAGUAUCGGCAGUAAUGAUGGCGAUUCUGGAAAAUCGGCUCCAGAAGCGGGAGCUACCGGAGCAGAUGGAGCAACAGCUUUUCGCUACUGCAUGCCAACACAUGCAGUAUUCACCUCACCAGUACCAACGGCAUUCGCAUGGUUCAGUGACCUGUUGGUGGAACAUGCAGAAAUCUUUUGGUCGCUAUUUGCUGUGGACAUGGAUAGGGUACUCACCGAGCAGCCACCAGAUACAUGGGACUCAUUUCCUUUAUUUCAAAUACUUAAUGACUAUUUGCGUGUAGACGAUAAUUUGCGGAACGGGCGCUUUCACCAACAUUUACGUGACACGUUUGCACCGCUAGUUGUACGCUACGUCGACCUCAUGGAAUCAUCAAUCGCUCAAUCAAUACACAAGGGCUUCGAAAAGGAACGCUGGGAUAGUAAAGGGAUUAAUGCAGCUUUAAAUCCAGCGACAUUAAAUAACGCGGCUCAGGCUUUAAAUACCGCAGCCCUUAAUCCGGCGGCGCUACUUGGGAGCAAAAAAGAUCAGGUCAAUUUCUAUAUACCAAAGCUACCAAGGCGUUCUGUUAAUGCUAACGAAGAUACGAGAAAUGGUUGUGCCACAUCCGAGGAUCUCUUUUGGAAAUUAGAUGCCUUACAAUCGUUCAUACGUGAUCUUCAUUGGCCGGAUGCAGAGUUUCGUCAACAUUUGGAGCAGCGCCUGAAAAUGAUGGCUACUGAAAUGAUUGAACAAUGUAUACAGCGUACGGAUUCAUCAUUUCAGUCGUGGCUAAAGAAAAAUGUGGCCUUCAUUUCAACCGAUUAUAUAAUACCCUCGGAGAUGUGCGCAAUGGUUAAUGUGAUAUUAGACGCUAAAAAUCAAAGCUUUAAACUAACUACAAUAGAUGGUAUUGAUUUGUACAAAUUUCAUGCAAAAAUUGAUGACCAAAUCGAUAAAGCGAAUGUAGCUAUGACACAAGGACUCAUUAGUAAACUUAUGUCUGUGCUAGAGUCGACUUUGUCGAAACUGGCACGUUACGACGAAGGCAGCCUGAUUGGUUCCAUACUUAGCUUUACAAACGUGUCCAGCUCAGGGAAGGAUCUCGGACAAGGUUAUGUAAAUUUCUUUCGUAACAACAUGGACCAAAUACGUGGUAAAAUUGGCGACGAUUUAUGGACACUAAACUUUUUUGAACAAUGGUACACGCAGCAGAUUAAUAUGCUUUGUAAUUGGCUCUCCGAGAGGCUAGAUCAUGCUCUCCACUAUGCUCAAGUGACUUCCAUAUCACAUAUAACAAAGAAAAUUUACUCCGAUUUUGAGCUUCAAGGAGUACUAGAGGAUAAACUCAAUUCCAAAGCAUAUCAAACUGUUGCCCAACGUAUGGCCACUGAGGAGGCAACGUGCGCGUUAACCAUGCCUGAUGUUGUCGAGAGUGACGAGAACGUGGAUGGGCUGAAAGGCGAAGGAGGUGACGAAGAUGUCGCCGGUGACGAUGUUGGUGGAGGCGCUUCACGUGGUUUACCCAAACCGAAAAUUGCCGCCGCACAAGCAGCGGCCGUAACUAACGUCGUAGCUGGUCGGGUUGGCAAUUUAUUAGGAAAGGGUAUUGGUGGACUUAGCUCAAAGUUGGGAGGUGGGAGCUGGUUUUAAAGCCAACCCAACGUAAUGUAUUGAUAUUAAGGAGUCUAAUAGUGAUUUAAUGAAAAAAAUUGAUCGGUAUUAUUGCAGUUAUAUAGCAUGCAACCAUAUAACAAAGCCGUAACGUGAAAUUUUUAAUAGCGACAUGUAUAUGCCUGUAAUUAUACUCUUACAUUCAUAUACAUAUCGAAAAUUCGAGUAUACAUAAUAAUGCUUAAAUAUACGAAUUAUAUGAGUCUACAUACGACCUACAAAAAAUGUUUGCUAAAUAAUAUAAUUAUUGAAGAAAAUAACAUUUUAUUCAAUACCUACAAUCAGUUAAUAACUUUUUCUUCCUUUUAAUCCUACUGACAUAACAACAAACUUGCGAAAACUUAAAAAAGUUGUUACUUUAGUAUCUAAGACAUAUCUAGAUAUACUCAUAUUCUAAUAUACAACAUAUGUUUUUAAGUUUACAUACAUACAUAUACUGAUAUAUAUAUAUGUAUAUUAAAUAAUGAGCGUAUCACUGAAAUACGUUUCGAUUGCUCAAGAUAGGGGAUUUUGAUUUUCAAUAUUAACAGCAAAAUUUAUUCUAUACCCCUAUACAAUUCCAUUCAGAUGCAUAUACACACUUACAUAUAUCUGCAUUGUAUUCAAAAAUAUUGAAAAUGUUAUCUAAAUAGUAUAAUUUAAUUAUGAAUACUAAUAAUCUGUAACUCUUUAAUCGUUUACCUUGCGAAAAUGUUCAAGAUUAAAAAAGUAAAAAAAAACUGUUAAAACAAGGCCUCAUAUUCACCUUGAUACUGCGAGCCAAGUCCAUGCAAUAUAAAAGAGAAGCAUAUAACAAAAUCUACAAUAUACAUAUAUGCAGUUUCACUACUUCGCAAUUCAGUAUCAGCCUAAUACGUGUAUAUGUUCAUACAUACACAGCGGGGGUACUAUUUUACUGAAUUUCACCAACACCACCAAACUAUUGCUACAUGACCAUCAACACAACUACCGCUCCAAUGAUAACCUAAAUCAAGUAUAAGAAUAAUGUAACAAACCCUUGAAAUAUUAAUUAUACAUUCUUCAUGACAUUGCGUAUACAGUGGUAUAAAGUACAUUUUAUUUAACGAAAGUCAUGAAUAACAAGUAAAAUAAAUUUAGAUGUUAUAAUCAUA